AUGACCUCCUUCGCGUCGCAGCGCUCCUCCAAGGGGAGCUUCUCCUUCCGAUCGCUUCGCACGCGCCCGAAGCGCGCGUCGUCGGCGAACGCCGGGGACGACGACGAGCCGAGCGACGCGGACUACCCCUACGUCUGGGCGCUGCGCAAGACGUCGGUGCUCGACUGGGAGAAGGACGUGCCCGACGCCGACGCGCGGCGCGCCGAGGUGAAGCGCAUGUUCGCGCUGCCCGUCGACGUCGUGCCCGGCGAGGUCUACCUGGGCGACGCCGUCUGCGCGCGCGACGUCGCGCGUCUGCAGUCGCUCCAUAUCACGCACGUGCUCAACGCCGCGGGCGCGGCGGCCGCGGCGCCCGCCGCGGCCUACGCGGCCGCGGGCAUCGAGACGCUCGUGCUCGAGGCGCGCGACGAGCCCGGGUACCCGAUGCUCGCCAACCACCUCGACGCCGCGCGGGCCUUCCUGGCGAAGGCGAGGCGAGGCGGCGGCGCGGUCCUCGUGCACUGCGUCCAGGGCCUGAACCGGUCCGGCGUCCUCGUCGCCGCGGACCUCAUGCUCGAGGAGCGGCGCUCGGUGCUCGACGCGGUCAGGCACUGCCGCGCGCGCCGCGGCAACGAGUGCGUGUCGAACAAGACCUUCCAGCGGGACCUCGUCGACCUCGCGCGGCGCGAGGACCUGCUCGGGCCGCCGCCGGGCGCGCCGGGCGGCGCCGUCGCGCAGGAGGCGCCGCCGCGGCCGGCGGCGCCCGCCGCGGAGCCGCCGCCCCGGCGGGCGCCCUCGCGCCGCCGGUCGACGUCGCUCUGGGGGCGGCUCAUGCGCGCCUCGUCGCGCGCCGGCUAA